AUGUCUGGUCAGAGUGAUCUUGAUCGUCAAAUCGAACAAUUAAGGGCAUGUAAACUUAUUACGGAAGACGAAGUUAAAGCACUGUGUGCAAAAGCAAGAGAGAUCCUUAUUGAAGAAAGCAAUGUGCAAUGUGUAGAUUCUCCAGUAACAGUAUGUGGUGAUAUUCAUGGACAGUUCUACGAUUUAAUCGAAUUGUUCAAGGUUGGCGGAGAUGUGCCGGACACUAACUAUCUCUUCCUCGGUGAUUUUGUUGACCGCGGAUAUCACAGCGUCGAAACAUUCCUUCUUCUCCUCGCGCUGAAGGUCAGGUAUCCAGACAGAAUCACACUCAUACGAGGCAACCAUGAAAGUCGGCAGAUAACAAUGGUUUACGGAUUUUACGAAGAAUGCUUGAGAAAGUACGGCUCAGCGAUGGUCUGGCGACAAUGCACUGAGAUAUUUGAUUAUCUAUGCCUUUCUGCCAUUAUCGACGGAAGGAUAUUUUGUGUUCAUGGAGGCCUAUCACCUACAAUUACAACAUUGGAUCAAAUCCGUACCAUUGAUCGUAAACAGGAAGUCCCACAUGAUGGUCCAAUGUGCGAUCUUUUAUGGUCAGAUCCAGAAGAGACUGCUGGUUGGGGAGUGAGCCCUAGAGGUGCCGGCUAUUUAUUUGGUUCUGACGUUGUAGCUAAUUUUAACCAAUUGAAUCGGAUCGACUUCAUUUGUCGUGCACAUCAAUUAGUUAUGGAAGGUUAUCGUUGGCAUUUUCAUGAAAGUGUUCUUACUGUAUGGUCUGCUCCAAAUUAUUGUUAUCGUUGUGGUAAUGUUGCCGCUAUUUUACGUUUAAAUGAAAGAUUAGACAAGGAAUUUUCCAUAUUUGAAGCCGCACCACAGGAUGUCCGGAGUAUACCAGCUCGUCGACCAAUACCAGACUAUUUCCUUUGA